GGAGGGGAAAACCAAAGCUUCAGUGUUGCAAAACAAACGUGGAACGCACGUGGAUAUGUAAAAUAUAUUGGUGGAGUUCAAUGAAGAGGGGCUGCGGGGGGGGAGGGAGCAGCACAGAUCCUCAGAGCCUGGGAUCACAGCUCUGAUUGCAGCAACGCAGCAGCUGGAGGCAGCAGGGAGGGGGGAUCCCACUAUAAAACCCUGCCCGCAGUGCUCACUGCAGGGAUUCUGUGUGCUUGGUUCCUUGGUGUCCUGCCUGCUCCUGGAGGGAAAAGGCCAAAGGGAUGCAGCCUCUGUUGCUGUCACCGCACUAAAAGGAAGCGACAAAGAGGAGCUUUCUCUCAAUUGAGGGAUAGAGGUGGAUUGCAAAAUGAGCCGUGCAGGGAGAUUUAAGGAUUUAGGAAUGCUCAGUGCAGCCCAGAUCAAAGACUGAGCCGGGACUGCUGCACUCCUACAGGAAACCCACGCCGAGUGGGUGCACAGGGACACAGAGGUGACAACCAGCCACAGUGCUGGGGGACACGCAGAGGAGUGGGAUGGAGCCGGGCUGGGACUGGAACAGCUCUCACAGCAGUCAGACCACACACAGCACAGAGCUGCAGAGCUCUCAGCCCCCAUUGGAGACCCCCAACCGGACCCUGCUGCAGGGCCGGGAUGAACAGCUGGCCAGGGCAGAGGUGGGGGUGCUGGCAGCCAUCCUGCUGGUGGCCACGGUGGGCAACCUGGCCGUGCUGCUGGCCGUGUGCCGCCCUGGGAGGAAACUGAGCCGCAUGCACCUUUUUGUGCUGCACCUGGCACUCAGCGACCUGGGCGUCGCGUUGUUCCAGGUGCUGCCUCAGAUGCUGUGGGAGGUGACAUACCGCUUUGUAGGGUCCAAUCUGCUCUGUAAGCUGGUGAAAUACCUGCAGGUGCUCAGCAUGUUCGCCUCCACCUACAUGCUGAUGGCCAUGACCCUGGAUCGCUACGUGGCUGUGUGCCACCCGCUGCGCGCCCUGCGCCAGCCCAGCCGCCAGCCCUGCGCCAUGGUUGGGGCUGCAUGGAUGCUCAGCUGCCUGCUCAGCACCCCUCAGCUCUUCAUCUUUUCCCUACGGGAGGUGAGGCCGGGCUCAGGGGUGCUGGAUUGUUGGGCUGACUUUGGGUACCCAUGGGGCGCCCGUGCCUACAUCACCUGGACCACGCUGUGCAUCUUCCUCCUGCCCGUCGGCAUCCUCACCGCCUGCUACAGCCUCAUCUGCCAUGAGAUCUGCAAGAACCUCAAAGGCAAAACGCAGAGCUGCGUCCCCGUGGCAGGAGGGCUCCUUGCAGCCUCCCCCAACACUCCGUGCUGCAGUCAGAAGGGCACACAGUGCCACUCCGGGCAGCCCUCGCGUGUCAGCAGCGUGCGCACCAUCUCCCGCGCCAAGAUCCGCACGGUGAAGAUGACAUUUGUCAUCGUGGUGGCUUACGUUGCCUGCUGGGCUCCCUUCUUCAGCAUGCAGAUGUGGUCGGUGUGGGACGAGGAUGCUCCUGAUGAUGAGUCCUCCGACGCAGCCUUCACCAUCACCAUGCUGCUGGCCAGCCUCAGCAGCUGCUGCAACCCCUGCAUCUACAUGUUCUUCAGCGGGCGCCUGCUGCAGGAUGCAGCACGCUGCCUGGCCCUAUGGGGCUGCCCCAAAUCUGCACCACGCAGGCAGGGCUCGGCUGGCAGCCUGUGCAGCAGGAGGACCACCAUCCUCAGCCACGGCCUCAGUGCUGGCAUCCCCCUGCAAAGGGGCAGUGGCACCAACCUCAGCCCACCCGAGGAGGAAGCGGUGACCGAAUCGGGCACGCUGUAGGCUGUGGUGCUGCUGUGACAUCGUGGACAAUGGCAGUGCAGGAUUGUCUCCCCACCUGGUAGCAUUGCGUUUCACCAGGAGCUGCGUGCUUAACCCAGAAUGUAUCACCAGCCUCCUUUUGCUCCUGCAUGCGCUGCGUCUGCUGUGUGCAUCAGGAGAUGGAGGCAGCCCACCACCACGUGCAGCUUUCACCUCUCCAUGCACUAUGAUGCAUCCCCAUCCACCACCCUGCUCCCCUCUUGUUACCCAGGCAUCUGAUGGGGGAUGCUGCAUCAGCACAUCUUUUAGGAGAGUCCCUUUUACGAGAGUUUUGGGUGUUUCACAGCUGCCAGCAAAGCAGUCUGAGCACAGCAGGAGGCAUUGCAGCCACAUCUGCUCGAGAGCUCCUUGCAGUCAUAUUGCCUGUCUCCCAGCCUCAUGGCUUUGCAGGUGGAGCAGCCAAUGCGAACGGCUUCCCUGUGACCUGUGGGUCUGCACAUGUCCCCAGGGCUGCAGCAGACACAACCAUUGCAUUGCAUUGCAUUGCAUUGCAUUGCAUUGCUCUCUGCAGCAUUGCACUACACCAGGUAUUUCCCCUCUGCAGCACUGCAGUGCAGUAGUACAAGCACCCCAAAUGCAGCAUGGACACCACUGAGGAGAUGCCUGCAAGAGCCCUGGCCCACCUCCAGCUCACCCAAGCAGACCCUGC